CGUCGUGACGUGAUGGGAAAGAGAUGAGAUGUCACCACGAAAUUAGUAGAAGCCUUCUUGUGCACGGACGCAAUUUCAUCAAGAUUAUAAGAAAGAAGGCGAACAGAACCGAAAACAUAUUGCAACUGGUUUAUUCUGCAAAGGACGUAUUUCCUUUUCUUUCUUACGCCACUGGAUGUCUUCAGAGGUUGCCAUCGGGGUUAACUAACUCACUGGUGAUGCACGGGGGUCGACAAUUUCUACGGUCGGUGGUGGCUCCUAUAAAUGAGCCAUUUAGUGUUGAAACUUAUCAGUGGGAUUUAAGUCCUGGACUCGUCAACGCGCGACUCUCUUCAAUCGAUCCAAUAACCAGCAAUCAGUUAAAUCUGUCAAACUGAUCAAGGUAACAGGUGAAAGAAGGAGUCAUCUCAUAAGCCGUUUGGCAGAAUUUCUAGCAAUUCAACGUCUCAAAGCAUUUGCUAAUAUAAAGACACCUUAAGGAUUACCUCAUACUUGACACUCUGCUACAUUGAUUCCUCGAUAAGAAAACAGUAUCUUUCAAGCGAGCAUGCUAUACGUAUUGCGCACGCGGUAUCAGAGUGGGUUUUGACAGUUAGGAGAUAUAUACAGAGGUGUCCCAUACAAGAGACGAUAGUCAAUCCCAGGAUGCGCGAGAAGUGAACACGUCAAGGAAGAGUAACAGCCGGGAAUUAACGUUCCACGUAAUUUAAGGAUUCUGUGAAGUCAUCUCAGAGUGAUCAGUGUUAAGAGAUACGUAAAAUUAUUUUGAAAAAUGAUCGGAAACGAAGGACACGUUUCGCGAGGGAAAUUCGACUUUAUCAGGAGAUUCACCAACAUGGAGGGUAUAUUUCAAAGUAGGAAUCGCGAGGACAGUGACGCCGCAAGUGGAGAACCAAAUAACAAAAGGUCACCGACCUUGACGUUGAACGUCAAUGGGCUCUGGGACGUGGUACCAAGAUUGGAUCAUUACAGACUGAGCAGACGAGCCAAGAGACCAUCUUUGAGUGACCUUCAUGAAGGAAAUCCUGUCAAGGAUCCAAAUUUGGAAUCUGGGCUAAAUGGAACGGGUCAGUUGGGUCUUACCCAUGGAAUAAAACUAGGAUGGAUUCAAGGUGUCCUGAUUCCUUGUCUCCUGAAUAUAUGGGGGGUCAUGCUCUUCUUGCGUUUAUCUUGGGUCGUCGCUCAGGCUGGAAUCUUCCACAGCAUCGUCAUCAUCGUCAUCUCUACUGUUGUCUGCGUGAUUACGACCUUGAGUUUGAGCGCCAUUUGCACUAACGGCGAAGUCAAAGGCGGUGGAAUCUACUUUAUCAUAUCCCGUUCAUUGGGCCCGGAAUUUGGGGCCUCGGUUGGUAUUGUCUUCGCCUUCGCCAAUGCUGUCGCCGCCUCCAUGAACACUAUUGGUUUUUGCAACUCUCUUAAUGAAUUGGUUGGACCACCUGGAAUAUAUGACAACGAUGUGAAUGAUGUCAGAAUAAUUGGUGUCAUUGCCAUUUUGGUGAUGGUACUGAUAUGUGCAGUAGGGAUGGAAUGGGAGUCCAAGGCCCAGAACUUCCUGAUCGCCGUGAUCGUCUUGGCUAUCCUGGACUUUGUCGUGGGUGCAGUGAUUGGUCCCACUGACAUCAGUGCAGAGUCCAAAGGAUUUGUUGGAUUCUCCAGCGAAGUAUUUAAGGAGAAUUGGAUCUCGGAUUAUCGUUACUCGGAGAAGACGAAUCAGACCUUUUUCUCGGUCUUCGCCAUUUUCUUCCCGUCGGUCACGGGCAUUCAGGCAGGAGCAAACAUUUCCGGUGAUCUGAAGGAUCCCGCAAGUAGCAUACCUGUUGGGACCCUCUUGGCUCUUCUCAUUUCCAUGGGUAGCUACUUCACCUUCGUCUUGUUUGCGGGCGGCGCAGCACUCAGGGACGCCAGUGGCGAAUUCACCGGGGACUUCAUCCACGAAUGCAUCCCAAAAGAUGUCUUGCUUGCUAGCAGCGCAGCAUUCAGAAACGCCACUUGCAACUUCAACGGGAAUAUCGUCAAUGUUUGCGUCUCAGAAAGUGUCUUGCUUACGGACGGCGCAGCAUUCAGAAACGCCAGUUGCAAUUUCACCGGGAGUAUUAUCAAUGAUUGCAUCCCAAAAAAUUGCACUUAUGGUCUUCAUAAUAGUUACUCCAUGAUGCAAAUAAUGUCCGUUUGGGGCCCGUUAAUCUAUGCAGGAUGCUUCGCCGCAACACUCUCGACAGCCUUGACCAAUUUAUUGUCAGUUCCGAGAUUAAUUCAGGCCCUUGGACGAGACCGAAUUUACCCAGGUUUGAUUUACUUCAGUAAGGGUUACGGAAAGGCUGGUGAACCUUACAGAGGAUACGUGCUCACCUUCUUCGUCGCUGCGGGCUUUCUUCUGAUAGCUGAUCUCAACGCAGUUGCACCACUCAUUUCAAACUUCUACCUGGCCUCUUAUGCUCUCAUAAACUUCUGCACCUUCCACGCAGCCCUGAUACGUCCUCUUGGAUGGCGGCCGACCUUUAAGUACUACAACACUUGGCUCUCGUUGAUGGGAUUCAUCCUCUGCGUGGCAAUAAUGUUCCUGAUCGACUGGGUCACGUCUCUGGUCACCUUCGUCAUCAUCUUCGGACUCUACCUGGUGGUCGUCUAUAGGAAACCAGACGUCAACUGGGGUGACAGUACCCAGGCGCAGACCUACAAGACUGCCCUCUCCAUAGUCUACAAGCUGAACUCCAUUGACGAGCAUGUGAAGAAUUACGCUCCACAGAUACUGACACUGACAGGACCACCAUGUUCCAGACCAGCACUUCUCCAUCUUGCAAACCUCAUAACAAAGAACAACUCGCUGUUACUAGCUGGUGAAGUAUAUUCCGGUCGACUCUCUUACCGCGCUAGAGGAGCUCAUCUGCGUCAGGGUUACAGCUGGCUUCAGCGACACCGGAUCAAGUCCUUUUAUCACGUCGUUGAAGGCCUCAGCUUAGAAAAAGGUGCUGCUGCUCUGAUGCAAGCUACAGGGGUUGGGAAACUUGCCCCUAACGUAGUUCUCAUGGGUUACAAGACACACUGGGCUACGUGCAACCAGAAGGAACUUCAGGAGUACUUCAACGUGCUACACAAUACAUUUGACCAGAGACUUGCUGUCGCUAUACUACGUAUUGCUGAAGGACUGAGUUGUUCAGGACUAACUUACAGCACUGCACUCCCUGAUGACGAACAAGGUACUUUGGCGCAAAGUAGCUACGAGUUGGCAGGCAAUACCCUGAUGCAUGCUGACAGUAACCUCUCCAUGGGUACAUUGAUUCCCCGGGUCCAGAGUGUACCGACAAUAGGCACAGAGUAUCCAUCAGUCGAGGCACCGACGAUGGCUAGAAAUGCCCAAGUGGAUAUCAGCGUAAAGGAUCAACUGAAAAAUAAGAAGAAGCACGCCACUGAUAAAAUAUUAUUACAAAAUGCGCUGAACACUGUGCCCGAAUACAUGACGAUCUUUCAGAAGAAACACAAACAUGGAACUAUAGAUGUUUGGUGGCUUUACGAUGACGGAGGCCUAACCAUUUUGCUGCCGUACAUCAUCAGCACGAGAUCCAACUGGGAACACUGUAAAAUGCGUAUCUUUGCCCUGGCUAAUCACAAGCAGGAAAUUGUAGCGCAGGAAAAAGAAAUGGCAGAAAUAAUGGCGAAGUUCCGUAUCAAAUAUACAAGCUUGAAGAUGGUCGAUGACAUUAGCACGGAACCACGUAAGGAAACUCAGAGGUUCUUUGACAAGCUCAUAUCCGAUUUUCGCAAGAAUGACACUUCGGAUACUUCCGAAUGCGUUGUUACCGACGCUGAGCUUGAUUGUUUGCGGGAGAAGACUAACAGACAGCUGCGACUUCGUGAACUUCUUCUGGAAAAUUCCAGCGAAUCUACCCUCGUUGUCAUGUCAUUGCCGAUGCCAAGGAAGGGUGCAGUUUCGGCACCGCUCUACAUGGCUUGGUUAGAGGCUCUUACAAGGGAUAUGCCUCCAACACUUCUUGUACGAGGGAACCAUACCUCAGUGCUCACAUUUUAUUCGUAGUCUUAAGUUUUUAAGCCACAGGCGUUUCUAGUUGAAUAUAUUAUCAGCAGUUGGUGAAGCAUAGCGACGUGAUAUUACCGACUUGACAAUUAAGUAACUUCAGCCGACCGAUGCAGCCAGAACUGGUACAUAGAGAAAAUUCAAAGCAAUUCUAGGCGUGCAUGGAAUUGGAUGAAAAUCAUACAAAUAUCGAAAAGGAUCCCAGUAAAUACGUUCGUCACAUUUAUCCAACUUUCACAUAGCUGCUAUGUAAAGACGUAGAAUUCAUGUUGAGAUGUAACUGUCACGUGAUGUGUUUCCUGGGAUAAUUUUCAAAGAUAUAGAUUUUGGAAAAGAUUUACUUUUUUCUACCUUCUUGGACCAAUUUCCACAGAAGAAUGUUCUACCUGAUCAGCGAGCUACUAUGGAUAUGUAGCAUGAUCAAAAGUACUUAUUUGUACCUGGAGAUCCCAAACUCUGCUCCUUCGUUGUUGAGGACAGCAAUAGAGUACACGACAUAGCUUUUAAAAUAGAUGGCUAAAAUAAUUUAACCAAAUUGACACUAAUUAAAUAAAUGCAGUAUUUAUUAUAUAUACCUUCAA